CCAAGCUGGCCUCCCCGGCAUCCUCCCUGCCCCUGGCCCCAGACCUGGAUCCGGAUCCGGACCCUGAGCCUAACCUGCGGUGCACACAGGAGGAGCAGUAUGUGAGCGUGGGCGAGUCCAGCGAGCUUGACACACACAGGGCACCACCCGACUGCAGGGACGCCGAGACCAUCACUGAUGUGUGCAACAGCACUGAUCUGCCAGAGUUUGAGAUCAUCAGCCUUUUGGAGGAGCAGUUGCCGGUGUACCGGUUGCGGGCUGACACCGUCUACGGCUACGACCACGAUGACUGGCUCCACACUCCCCUCAUCGCGCCGGACGCCCGUCUCGAACUGACUACCGAGCAGAUUGAAGAGACACUCAAAUACUUCUUGCUAUGUGCAGACAGAGUGGGCCAGAUGACGAAGACCUACAAUGACAUUGAUGCUGUCACACGUUUGUUGGAGGAGAAAGAGAGAGAUUUGGAGUUGGCUGCGAAGAUCGGCCAGUCGCUUCUGAAGAAGAACAGAACUCUGACUGAACAGAAUGACUAUUUGGAGGACCAAGUGGGGCAAAUUACAGAGGAGGUGGCACAGCUGCACCAUGAGCUGAACCUGAAGGAUGAGCUGCUGCAAUUUUACACCAAUGCAGCUGAGGAGAGCGAGGAAGAGUCCAGCAGCUCCACAACGGGUAGGAAGAGUAAGUUGGAAACGGCUUCAGGGGGCUUUGUGAGUGACACACUCCAGAGGAAACUCAAAGAGCUGGAGGAGGAGAACUUGUCGCUUCGCUCUGAGGCUAACCAUCUGAAGUCAGAGACAGAAACUUAUGAAGAAAAGGAGCAGCAGCUUGUCAAUGACUGUGUGAAAGAACUCAGGUUGUCUAGUCUCCAGAUCUCUGUCAUAGCCGAGGAACUGGCCCGUAAGACCGAGGAUGCCUCCCGACAACAAGAGGAGAUCACACACCUCCUCUCCCAGAUAGUAGAUCUGCAGAAGAAAGCCAAAUCUUAUGCAGUGGAGAAUGAAGAGCUCUGUCAGCACCUGAUUGCAGCCAAAGAUGCUCAGAGGCAGCUUACAGCAGAGCUCCAGGAGCUGGAGGACAAGUACUCAGAGUGCAUCGAGAUGCUUCAUGAAGCUCAGGAGGAGCUGAAGAACCUGAGGAACAGAAACUACCCCGGAGGAACCCCCCGCCGCUACCACCCACUGGGACUGUACCCAAUGGAUUCCCUGGCAGCUGAGAUUGAGGGAACGAUGAGGAAGGAGUUGAGUCUGGAGGACCCUGAGUGUGAAGAACAGAAGAUCCAUCAGCAGCGUGUGUUUGAGACGGUCAAGAACGUCAACCAGACAGUCCGUCAGCGCUCACUGACUCCAACCAACGCCAACAUCCCUGGCUCCAACCAGUCCCUGUCUGCUCGAACAUCGCCUCAGUCCAGCGGCCUCACUACUCCACGCUCCAGCAUAUAUGGGGGGGAUGUCAGCGGAGACAGUGUUGCCCUUGACAACCGAGCACAGAGCAUCCUGAUGGAGACGGCAUCCAACCAGGAUAUAGGUGCAGACGGUCGAGAGAAGAAGGCUAGUGGGGCUGAGGACCUUCGGCUGGCCUUACGUCGCUUGUCUCUGCGUCGACAAAAUAACUUGAGUGAGAGGCGCUUCUUUGAGGAGGAGAGAGAGCGUAGGCGCGGGGGACAUGUUGGACUGCAGGACUCCCUGAGCCAAGAGACCAUGUUGACACCAUCCGAAAGCAUCAUGUCCCUCGGGAACCUGCACCUGUGGGCCUCACGGGGGCCCUAUCUCCCAGACAAGCUCCAGAUCGUCAAACCACUUGAAGGCUCUGCCACCCUGCACCACUGGCAGCAGUUAGCUCAGCCUCACCUCGGUGUGAUACUGGACGCCAGGCCAGGGGUCGUGCCAAAGGGAUACAGACCCCUUGAACUAGAGCUGGAGCAGGUGUACCCAUGGGGCGGUUUUGAGGAGGAUGAGCCAGGAGAGCAAUACUUCCAGAAUCUGCCUACCUCCUCAGCUGCCGCCUCGCCAGCCGUGCCCACCUGCACCUCCGGCACCAGUGACGCCAACCUUGGGCAGCCCCCACCCAGCCUCGCUCCACCUUCUCCGCCCUCUCCAUCCCCGUCACCGCAUCUUAGCAACACCGAUGCUCUGGCUGCAUACUAUCCUGGUAAAUGCAUGGCUCACACAAGCUCUACUUACACCUUUACAACCUGUCGGAUCCUACACCCAACUGAUGAGCAGACACGGGUUACACCAAGUCUAAACCCAGUCCCAGCGUCGUCCUCCUGCGUGAUGACCAGCACUCUGUUGGGUACUCCUGCUGCUACUCCCUGCACGCCCCGCAGACUCAGCCUCAGGCCCUCUGAAUCCUCCACUAACCUCAGAGAUGCAACACGCACCACCAGCACCUCCCUGGGGUUAGUGCGCCUUCUCCAGGAGAGAGGUAUCUCAGCAGCCAUGUACCAUCAGAGACAGGGACUGGAGCACGGUCAGGGCAGCGGAGGAGUCCUAUUCAGCACCUCCAUCACCCCUAACCGAGCACCCAACCCUGACCCUCUGCGCCCCUCCACCCCUCCAAACUCCCCCACAAGACAAGAAGCUUCAGCUGUGCCAAACACUGCGGGCUUCGACUUCAAGAGCCCCUCUUAUGACAAUUUCCUGGCUUCCAAACCAGCCCGUUCCAUUCUGAAGGAGGUGACGGGGGGUAUGAGAGGCAGACAGAGAGGAAGGGAUUGCGAAAGCCAAACAGACGUUAGCGUGACCGUCCACAACCUCAACCUGCUGGACAAGGUGAAGCGGCUGGGCGUGGCUGGAGCUCCAAGGGGCAGAGCAGUGAGCUCCAGUCCCAUGCUAGGGCCUCUGGGUGGGCUUCGCAGAUCAGGCUCACCUUUUGGACCCGAUGGAAUGAGGAGGAACCGGAGCUACCCAGCUAUGGUUGGAGCCAGCAUGGCGAUGAAAGGCCCAGGGCCACAGGAGUAGUGGACUGCUGCUGACAAUCAGGGUAGCCAAGACACUGUUGGGCAAAGCAGAGGACUGACUGCAGAGCAGUCACCUCGAGCCCAAACACAGACUGACAAUGUUCACAGUAAACAACAACAACAUGAUGACACUACUGACCUGUUUCUACUCACUGCUGAAGUUGAACACAAACACUGGCUACACAUUAGUGCUUCUAAGUGGUGACUCAUGGUUUAAUUUAAAUAAAUCCUAUAUAGUUCCCCGAAAAUGUAAAACUUUUGUCAGAUAUACAGCUAGAUCUACAUAUGUUUUGACACAGACACAAUUUCUAUGAUUCAAUUUGUUUACCAAAGCACGCAGGUCUAUAGUGACUGUAGACUUAAAGUACAGACUCUCAGCUUUAAUUUAAGGACUUUGAAGUAUUGGAUGAAAAGUAUAGGAUUAACAACAACCAUUUUUAUACACAGAGGGCAAUUAAAAGUGAUUGGAAAAAUUUACCUAAUCAUAAAGAAAAUGUUUCCAUUUGUCCAGAAUGCUUUUGCAGGCAAUCACUGUUUAAAAUCUGGAACCAAUGGAGAUCACCAAUGGAUGGACAUCCUCCUUUGUAAUGUUUCACCAGGCUUUGAACUGCAGCUUCCAUCAGUUGUUUGUUUGUGGGUCCUUCUGCCUUUAGUUUUAUCUUCAGCAAGUUAAAAGCAGCUCAGUUGGGUUCAGAUCAGACGACUUACCCUGCCCCUGCAGAAUAUUUCCUCUUUUUAACCUUUAAAAACUCCUGGGUUGCUUUGGAUGAAGCACAGUAUCUCUACUGGCUUAAGAAUUAAUAGUGCCAUCUUUGCUUCAAAUCGUGAGCCGUUCCAAGCCUUGUCCUUUAUUUCCUCCAUUGUGGUACAGAUUGAACAGAGUUUUAUCUAUAUUAAGAAUGCCAUUCUACAAUCAGUCUUUUUGUUCUUUCACUAGUUAUGUGGUCAAUCUUUCACAUUGUCUUCAACAUUGAGGACUGUGUCUGAAAAUGGUUCUUAUUCCUUCUAUUUGAAUGCCCUCAAAUUAGAGCUGAUCAUCUGCAUAACUGCAGAUUCAGUGUAUUUUGGUGAACAGCUAAAAUUAAUUUAAAAAAAAAAAAAUGUGUUGUUGUCCAGACUGUAUACUGUAGAUUUGCUUUAUCUCACCCGAUAUUGAGGUAUCUCUAAAAAUGGAUAUGUGAAUGAACUGAUCUCUCAGUACAAGCCCUGAAAAUCACACUUAAAAACUGUUGUAUAGUUUCAUGGAUUAACAUGAAAUUUGGAAUAAACUGAAUUUUAAAAACUGAUGAUCAUAUAGUUUUCAGUCUAGUGGUACCAUGUUAGAAUUUGGCCUUUAAAACAUUCCCAUCAUCCUUGGCUGUAUUUCAGUUUUAGUGAUAAUUAACAAAUCUUAACAUCUUCCAGCUAAUACCCUGGAUUAAAUUUGAAGAAAGUGGUACCAGUAAAGUAACUGUCCCUUUCUGUGUCAUUGUGAGCAUGUGAGCAGAGCUGCUGUUAACAAUGCCCUCUGUUAGUGAAAGUUUUGCCACAUAUAUUUAUUCGAUAUUUAAAAAAACUGCACACACAAAACCAAUUUUAUGUCAUUCAACUUUUACAUAAUUGGGUGAACUGACCCACAAACAGAAAUGAUGAACUAGAGCUGACGUGAUCGCCGCUCAGAUCCCUGCUUUGGAGGCUGACUCUGCUGGGUAGAUGUAGUACUCCCACUCUUGCCUUUUCUGAAACAUGUCCACAAAAUCCCACACACAGACACAGACAUGCACAGGUGCACUCUGUUAAAUCCUCCAUCGCACUGGUUAGAUAUUUGUAUAGUCACUGUAGCACUAAACCAUGUCUUUCCUCCACAGUACUAUUAUUAUUAUGAUACACAUUUUAUAUAUGAUAUCAAUUUUGCACCACAAAUAUGUCAUCCUCAACCUCUUUCUGUGUCUUCCCCCUCUCAGCCUUACCUAAAUCCCUUCUGGAGUGAAUAGACAUUAGUCUGACAAGUCAUGCUCUCACAACUCACUGAAUCACUGUUAUGUCAGUAUUAUUAUGUCAGUGCUUUUUCUUGGUUUCCUAAUUGGCUGAUUGUCAGGGAAGUUGAUGCUGUUUCCAGUGAACUGGACAGAGAUCAAUAUCCUGAAGUCCCAGUUCACAAAGAGGAUGGAGAGAGGGCCGAGGGAAGUGAUUGAGGCUAAUCUGCCGUCAUAUUCUGAAGCUUCCUGGGACGUUUUCUUGAAGGUGUUGUCAGAGAAAUGAAGCAACGUAGUGCCUCAGCCUUUUGGGUAGCUCACACAAGCGUAGUUGCACUUGCAUUUAUUUAUUUUAAAACCCAUGUCCUGCCUUACUUGUCAUAAAAAUCAUGUUGUCUUAUACACUGUAUAUUCAUUGUCACUGGAAUGCAAGGUGUAAACUACUUGUUAUGUGUAGUGCAUAACCAAGACUCACACAUCACUGUAAGUAUUGGGGUGAGCAUGUAAUCAGGGUUUUUCCAAAUAAAAAAAAUAAAAAAUCAUCAAACA